CUAUUUGACAAGGCUUGGUCUGGGUCCCCAUCAGCGGCUGAGAUAAGGGUCCUCGGCCCCGGGUGUGAGCCAGCUGGACCUGCAGCAGACACUCCACGGUCCCCGGGCAGGUUGGGGCUCCCCCCGCAGGGCCCUGGUUGCUGGGCGCUAAAGCAAACGGGCUCUAUUUGCCCAGUCUGCGAUGACAAUGCCGUCACCAAAUAUUUGCCAGCCCGGCAGGUCCCAGAGCCCGGCUAUAAAUGCUUGGGCCCAGGUGGAGGUGGGCCUGCCCCGCAGGAGCUGCAGGCCUCAGCAGCCACACCUGCUGUCCCCGGAGCUCAGGCUAAGGAGAUGGCCGCGGGCGUGAUCCGGCCUCUCUGUGACUUCCAGCUGCCCCUGUCCACCCGCCGGCCCUUCCUGCCCCCAGACCCGGAGCCCCAGGGCCCUUCUGAGGACGAGGACGAGGACGAGGAGGAGGAGGACGAGGAGGAGGACGAGGAGCAGCCGCAGGCUGAGGGGCUGGGGGGCCACAGCCCGGCGCUCCAGGCCUCGGGGUGGGCCCCCGAAGCAGCCCCUCCAGGGCCCAGCAGCCCCGAGACGCCCCUGCAGCUGCUGCGCUUCUCUGAGCUCAUCAGUGGCGACAUCCAGCGGUACUUCGGCCGCAAGGACAGGGAGCAGGACCCGGACGCCUGCGACAUCUAUGCGGACGACAGCUCGGCCCGGGACCCCCAGGGUGCUGACGCGGCACGCCUGGCCCCCGGGGGGCCCCCAGACGGCGAUGAGGCCGCGGAGCCCGGGGUCCUGUCCCCCAGGGGUCCCGAGGGGUGCACGCGUGGGCUGGGGCCCCUGGCCGAGCUCUUCGACUACGGGCUGCGGCAGUACCCGGGGCCCGGGGCGCCCGGCCGGUGGCUCAGGCUGGAGCGCAAAUACGGCCACAUUGUCCCCAUGACCCAGAGGAAGCUGCCUCUGUCCUUCUGGGAGGAGCCGGCCCCCAGCCCCCUGGGCCUACUCCGCCCCGGCACCCCUGACUUCAGCGACCUGCUGGCCAGCUGGGCAGUGGAGACGGGCCCUGAGCUGCCCGGGGGAGGGGCCCCAGCCCUGGACGGCGCGCAGCUGGCCGAGGCCUAGCGAGCGGGCCAGGCUCCGUGGGGCAUGUGGGGGCGGCACACGUCUCCUUCCCUAAGGUGUGCGGACUGUCACUGCUCUCUCUGGAGCCACAGGGGCCUUGCGACCACGCUGGCCUACCUGAGGACAAGUCAGCUCAGGUAGGGGGCCUCCUGGGCCGUCCGGGGCCUGGAGCUGCCACCACCACAGGCCACCUGGGCAGGGAAGGGGCAGGAGCUGCAGUCCCAGGCACCCCGGCCCUUAGCCCUCGGAGUUCUGCCCCCAGGAGGGGAGGACCGGGCAGGAGCCCCGCACCCCAAAGGCUGUGGGCUCAGGGGGUCUACACACUGCCUGCUCUGUGCAAGGCCCAUGUGCCCCCCAGAGCAGCCCUGAGGUCCCAGGUGGGCAGCAAAGCUCUCCCCACUGCCUGCCCCCCUGGCUGGUCCUAGGGCGGCCCCUCCUCCAGGCCCCGCGGCAGGUGGCAAGGCCAGCUCCUGUGGGAUGAGCAAGGCUUUUCUUGGAGGCAGGAACAGGGGUGCUGCCUGAGUGUGUGAGUAAACACGCUGUUUGCUCCCUAGAUUAGGGCAGGAAGAGCCACUUCCUCUGCUGGCCACCGUGUAGGUGUGAAGGGCACACUUGGCGGCCCAGGGCCAGGGGCCGAGGGACCCCGAGCCUGUGCCUGCUGACCCUCCAGGGGGCUGCACAGAGCAGGUGGGGCCCCGGGACACCAAGGCCUGGGCAGGACGACCUGUGGCUGGGCGGGGCCCGGGCAGGCGGGAGCUGCGGGAUGCUGGGCGUGUGCCCCUGAGCCCUGGGUGCGAGCUCGGCACUCUGACAGGUACAAGAGCUGACACAUUUAUUUCUGAGAAAGGGGCAAGGCUGUGAGCCGGCGGGCAGGCCCCCAGCCGAAGGGCUUCUUCGAGAACGUGCUCGGCCUCCGCGGGGCCACCAGGCUCAUGAGGACCGCCUUCCACUGAAGCCACCUGCCCGGAGACGCAGCUCAGGCCCACCGGCCUGGGGGCCUCCCCAGCCCCGCCCCAGGCCCAGAGGGGUCCCCGGAAGGUGGCUGCCCACUGCACCCCUGCCCACCUCACGGUCUGAUACAUGCCCCAGCGGUUCACGGAGACCGCCUCUCCCAGGGCCGAGUCCUUGAUGAAGAACUGCUGCCUCCCCAGGGACACAAGGACCCUCCUGCUGCCCAGCGUCAGGGCCCACGGGCCCUCAUCACUCUGCAGGCGCAGGACACUCUCCCGCAGGCUGGCCAUCUCCUCCAUGCACUGCAGACAAGGGCACAUGAGGAGCGGCCCGUGCAGGAAUGCAGGAAUCUGGCCGGAUGGGACAGGAUGGGACGGGACAGGGCAGGACAGGACGGGGCAGGACGGGGUGGCCAGCAAGAUUUCUCUCUCCGGAAAACCAGGCUCUUAUCUAGCAGGAGACCCUGCUGGGGCCAGACGUGCAGACACAGGGAUGUGGGGAAGCCCAGAAGUGGGUGCCGGGCCGGCAGGGGUGAGGGGCCGGGAGCCCCCUGGGGCCUCGGGGUGGGGUGGGCACAGGGCUCCUCUCACCAGCCUGGUUUCUGUAUUAAACUUGAGGUUCUGGAUGGUUCUGUUGUCCUGGA